AUGGUUGGCUUCAGUGAGAAGGAAGAGGCUCUUGUAAAAAGCUCAUGGGAGGAUUUGACAAAAACUUUUCCUGAAUAUAGUUUUUACUUCUUCACUAUGUUAGUAGGGAGUGCACCUGCAGUAAAAGACUUGUUCCCAUUUCUAAAAGGUUCAAACGAAAUUCCCAAAAAUAAUCCUCAGCUAGAAGCUCAGGCCUUGAAGGUUUUUAAGUUGACUUUUGAAUCAGCAAUUCAAUUGCGAGAGAAAGGAGGGGUUGUGAUCGCAGACCCUACCUUAAAGCAAUUAAGCUCAGUACACGUCCAGAAAGGAGUCAUUGAUGCACAUUUUGAGGUGGUGAAAGAAGCACUAUUAAAAACAGUGAAGGAAGCUGUAGGAGCAAAAUGGAGUGAGGAUUUGAAUAAUGCAUGGGCUAAAGCAUAUGAUGGUGUGGCAGCUUUAAUCCAGAAGGGAAUGAAAGAAAUAUAG